GUGCUGAAUGUGUUCACGUUCGAAAAUCUGCCCCAAAGAUAUCGACUGUGGUUGAACACAUUGCUGACAUGGUCACCGAAUUUCGUUGUAUUUUCAUUGUUGGCUUAUCUGAGUGAAGAUUGGCGCACUCUCGCAAGAGUGGUCAGUGCGGUCACAUUACCUGCGAUACUGCUACUAAUAUUUUCUCACGAAACACCAUCAUGGCUGAUACAACACGGUCGUUUGAAAGAUGCCGAAAAUGUGAUUUUGGUGAUGAAUAAAUGGGCACGGAAAGAAACACGAAACAAGAUCGAUGUAGUCGAGUUACGCAGAGCAAUACACAUGCUUUUUUUAAAGAGUAAUGGAUACGCGAAGAAGGCGCAGAAUUUCUACUUCUAUCAUUUGUUCACAUCAUCCAAACUGCUCAAAUACGUUGUCACUCUUUCUUUCAGUUUGUAA